UUCCUCUCUUUAGAAUUUUGUGUCUGUUCUUUUAACGUAUUUCUUCUUUCUUCAUUGAUUGACCAGAUAUUAAUGUAGCUAAUACCCAGAUCUGACUUCUAAGGAAUCCUAUGCCUUACCCUCUACUCUUUCUUCUAUUCCUCUUAUCCCUUUUUUUAUGUAUUCAAUAAAUUUCCCAUAAUUCUCACAGAUCUGAGUUUCCCAUUUCCAUUUUCUUUUCUUGCUAAAAAUUCUUCCUUUUCUUUAACCCCUUUUUCAUUCUCCAAGAAAUUCAUCAUUAUUCACCAUAAACAAAGUCUCCAAUUCUUGGAUUCCCUUCUUCAAUUGUUUGUAUAAUUCCAUAGGAAAUUGUCUUAUUUUAGUUGCAACAUAUGAAUGGAAAGCGCCAAUAGUAGUCUAAGAACAUUGAUGUUCAAUGAUAAAAUCGAUACCCCAAACCUUGGAGAUUUUCUUAGAGUCAAAGAAGACAACACCAACAACAACAAUAUCACAGGUCUCACGUUAGGUGCUGUAUUGAGCAACAAACGAGAAUCUUCUUCUUCUUCUUCUUCUUCUUCUUCUUUCCCUGUCAGCUCCAAUAGAACUCUUCUUGAUAUCAUUCGUGAUGACCCCACAAACAGCAAUAGCAGAAAAAACAAGAAAUCUUGGAAACAUUUCAGAAACAAACUACGUAUCAAACCUGACAACAUUUCCAUUGAUCAACAGCAUAAUAACAACAAUCCCAUAAUGUCUCGUAGGUUGUCCCCUACAUAUCCUGAAGAACUUCCUGUUGAAAACUUUGGUCAACCUGAGAAUGCUGGAGAAGAAAUUAAUGAACCUGUGAGAAUGUCAUUAAUCGCGUUGUUAACAGAGAAUGAUGGAGAUGGUUCAGCUUAUAUGAUUGGAGAUGAAGACGAAGAAGAAGAUGAAGAUAAUGGUGAUGAUGAUGAUGAAGUUGCUGGUGUUGGUGCUGCUGCUGGUGCUGGUGUCGGUGUUGAUGUUAGUGUCGGUGCUGGAGCAGAAUAUAAUAAUUGUUGUGUGUGUAUGGUGAGACAUAAAGGUGCUGCGUUUAUACCAUGUGGACAUACAUUUUGCAGGUUGUGUUCAAGGGAACUUUGGGUUCAAAGGGGUAAUUGUCCACUCUGCAACAAUUUCAUACUAGAAGUUCUCGACAUUUUCUGAAUCAAUUCAUCAAAAUUUCAACUUCCACAGUUUCAACAUUAGCCUAAAAAAGCCAUUCGGUGUACACAACAUUCCGUGUUAGCAGGGUCAAGAAAGGACCGGGUGUGACUUAGAUAGUCUAGUGGCUGAUUUCACGAUUCGAACCAUGACUCGAGACUCCCCUGCAAUAUUAGCCUCUUUUUAUUAAUUUCAUUUUAUGGUAUUUUCUCUUGCUCUUUGCUCCCUUCAUCUUGUUGAUUGUGGGAGAAUGAAGUGCAGUUGGAUUAUUGUUACUACUUCAUUUCAUCUGUCUCUUGUUUUUAUAUCCCUUUGUGAGUUAAGCCAUAUUGACUAGGAUUAUGAGUUAGUGACUAAUUUAGUGAUGGCAUAAUAGGGUAAUGGUCCUUGGUGUUACCCCUAUCCCUAUGUGUAUAUUGUACCUCUGUCUUGUAUGGACUAUUCAAUGUAUGAAUAGGAAAAAGAGAGAGAAGAAACAAAGGCCUUAUCAUUUGAGGUCACAUGGAUGUAUUUUCCUCUCGUAUAUGGUAUUGUAGAA